AUGGGUCUCCUCCCGCACGCGAUCUCCAAGGCCAGCACCCCAAAGCUGUACACGUCGGACUCCUUGCUCGCCCUGCCCGUCGUCGCGGUCUCUGGUGCCAAGUACCCCAUCGUCCCAGCCACGGCCGUCGUCUCCAUGCCGCCGCCGUGGUCGACCAGCCUCGCAAGGCCGAAAUCCCCUAACUUGGCAUUGAAAUUGACGUCCAGCAUCACAUUGCUCGACUUCACGUCCCUGUGGACCACGCACUGCUCCGACUCCUCGUGGAGGUAA